AUGAUUGUGCUGCAGUUUACACUAAUACUCUGCGCAGUCAGCGGAUGCUGGCAGCCGCUUACAUGGACAUCGCUAUUUCAAUAUAUGAUGAAAUACGCAGUAUGGUAUUAUGGCCUUGUCCAAGUAACAGUCAUAUGCAUAAUCUUAAAUGCUAUCUUUAUGGAUUUUAUGGAAGGAAAUUUGACAUAUAAAGCAUGGGUGCCAUUCGACUGCACAUUACCUAUUACAUUUUUGUUCGUAUUUACUCACCAAAUGAUAGGUAUGUCAAUCUGUGCUGCUGUAAAUGUUGCCUGCGAUAGCCUGGUAUCUGGACUCCUGCAGGAAAUCUGCUGUCAGUUUGAAAUUCUGGAAUAUCGAUUGACGAAAAUCUUACAUGAAAAACAUAUUCUUCGCGAUUGUGUACGUCACCACAAUCGUAUAUAUGAAUUUGCAAAAAUAAUUGCUCUCCAGUUUGCAGUAAGUAUGCUAGUGGUGUGUGCUAAUUUAUAUAAACUGGCUGCUAUUUCUCUCCUGAUGAUCAAUGGAAGUCUUAUUGUGCUGAUACUGUAUACGGCCUGUAUGUUAUCACAGAUCUUCAUCUAUUGUUGGUUUGGAAAUGAACUCAAAUUGAAAAGUACCAGAGUAGCAAACAGCAUAUACAAUAUGAAGUGGCAACAGCUUGAUAAUAAGAGCACAAAAGCUCUCCUGCUAAUCAUGAGACGCUCGAUGAUCCCUAUUGAAUUUAACAGUGCGAUUGUCAUUACAUUGAAUCUUGACUCGUUUGUAUCUUUACUUAAAGCAUCGUAUUCGGCUUACAAUAUAUUAAAACGCGCGCAGUAA